AUGUUUCCUAAAAAACUACAUUAUGCUGCAGGCGAUGACCUUCAGUUAUAUGCUACACCAGAGGAAGCAAUGAGAGAGGGAAGAAGAAGAGCAGAAGAAGAGAAGAUGAGAAGACAGCAGAAAUAUGAAUUGAGUUCUAAGACUGCAAAGGUAGACACCAGAGUUCACUCAGCUCCUACAGAUAUGGGAAUGAAUGGGAGAUCGAAUAUGCCACAGUAUCAACAUGGAGGGGUGCCGACGAAUACUGGUGCCCCUAUUGAUAGCAAUAGAAUGAAUCAGGUACCAUUGAAGAAUGCAAGGAUACCACCUCCACCUCCUAGGAAUUCAAGUGGCAAUAGAAUAGUUAGCACACCUCCUAACUUUAGCCAACCUCAAAUGGGGAACAACUCUAGGGUUAAACAAGGAUCUCCUGUUAGUAAUGGUGACGAACGAGAUGUUCAAGUAGCUAUGAGAUUAUUUCAAAACCAUGAUGUUAAAAAUCGUGGCAGACUUACUGCUGAAGAAUUACAAAAUCUUUUACAGAAUGAUGAUACCACCCACUUCUGUAUAUCAUCUAUCGAUGCAUUGAUUAAUAUGUUUGGAGCUUCAAGAUUUGGUACGGUGAAUCAGAAAGAAUUUGUAUCUUUAUACAAACGUGUUAAAAUCUGGAGAAAAAUUUAUGUUGAUAACGACAUCAAUGGAUCAUUUACAUUGACUGUAACCGAAUUUCAUAAUACGUUGCAAGAGUUGGGUUAUUUAGUCCCCUUUGAAGUAAGUGAAAAGUUAUUUGAUCAAUAUGCAGAGUUUAUCAAUCAAAAUCACAAUGAAAAAGAAUUGAAAUUUGAUAGAUUUGUAGAAUCGCUAGUAUGGUUAAUGAGGCUGACAAAUAUGUUUAGGAAAUUUGACGGUAAACAAGAAGGCAUAGCGACUAUCCAUUACAAAGAUUUUAUCGAAACUGUACUCUACCUGGGUCGAUUCUUACCUCACUGA